AUGUCAUCCUCGCCCAAGCUGCGCGUAGGUCUGCUCGGAGCGACUGGCACAGUUGGUCAACGCUUCAUCCUUCUCCUAUCCGGUCAUCCCAACUUCGAGAUCAGCGUCUUGGGAGCCUCUUCAUCCAGCGCUGGAAAGGCGUACAAAGAUGCAGUCGCAGGCAGAUGGAAGCAGGUAAAGGAGAUCCCGCGAGAGGUCAAGGAUGUCGUUGUUGGCGAUUGCAGCGUGGACAGGUUCAAGCAGUGCGAUGUCAUCUUUUCGGGUUUGGACUCUGGCCCUGCUGCCGAGUACGGUGAGUAGCCACAGAGCUUUCGCCUGGGCCGGCAGGCAAGUGGAGAGAGUGGGGGGCGGAGACACCCAGAGGGUACUGUGGAGCCCAUCACGCUGAUUCGCAUUCUUUCCCACAUUGCACUGCACUGCUGCUUUGCCCACGUCUUGUAGAGCACGUGUUCAGAGCUGCGGAGCUGCGUGUCUUUUCCAACGCCAAGAACUACAGGCAAGAUCCGCUUUGCCCUCUCAUUGUACCGCUCGUCAACCCCUCUCAUCUGGAAAUGGUGCGCACUCAGCAGGCCUCUCUCGGUCUUCAAAAGGGCUUCAUCGUGACGAAUGCCAAUUGCAGCACCACCGGCUUGGUCAUUCCUCUGGCAGCCCUGGAACAAAAGUUCGGUCCGCUCGAAUUGGUGAUUGCCAGCACGAUGCAGGCUAUUUCGGGAGCUGGCUAUCCCGGCGUGAGCGCAUUCGAUGUGCACGAUAAUGUCGUUCCGUUCAUUUCGGGCGAGGAGGAGAAGAUGGAGCAAGAAGCGGCGAAAAUCAUGGGACAAUUGCAAGCAGGUAGAUUCGUGAAUGCUGGCAUCAAGAUGUCGGCGCACUGCAAUAGGGUGCCGGUCAUUGAUGGACAUACAGAGACCGUAUCUGUGCGCUUCUUGAACAGACCGCCUCCUGACGCGGAGCAGGUCAAAGAAGCUCUGAGGCAAUACACCACCGAGGCGCAGCAGCUCAAGUGCCAUUCUGCGCCGGAAAGGGCGAUCAUUGUGCACGAGGAGCCGGACAGACCUCAGCCUAGGUUGGACAGGGACGCUCAGAAUGGCGCGGGCGUCAAUGUUGGCAGGAUUCGGCAGUGUCCAGUCUUUGACAUCAAGGUGAGCUUCAACAGAAGAGAGAGAGGGGGGAGAGGGAGGGAGAGCUAAGCGUGGGGCGGGGUGGGGACGAGAACAGGGCGUGCGCGUGCCUGAUGACUACGUCCGCAAGCUUUGUGAUUCGUCGAAGUGAUUCGUCGAAGACUCAGAGUGGGAGCACAAAGGUGCUGCAAUGGCUGUAGCUGCCUCGUUGGCCUGGCGGACGCGUACUUUUCUGAUCUCGACAAUUCCUUUCUUGUUUCUCCUUGCCUACCUUUUAGUUUGUCGUUCUCUCGAACAACGUCAUGAUUGGAGCAGCGACAUCAAGCGUGAUCAAUGCCGAGAUUGCAUUGGCGAAGGGCUAUUUGUCAUGA